AGGAGAUAGCCUGUAACUUCACAUGGUCCUAGUUAAAAUGCUCUUUGAGGCAUUGGCAGUUUAUAGGAACAGUGGUAUCUCUUGGGUUCCAACUGCAGUCAUUGUUACAGUGCUUACAAAAGGAGACACUACUGGCAACCAUCCUCAAGCUGUUGUUUUUAUUCCUAGGACACAAAAUGAGCUUUUAUAAUAGAAUCAAGGGCAUGGAAAUAACAAAAACUGCAGACAGAAUCGACUUGCAGUGUUCAGUAAGGCUCUUCUGCUGUGAGAAAAAUGGAGACUUCAUAGAAACUGUGUCCCCGAGCCCUUUGAAUCAGGCUGGUGAAGAACAGCAGGUCCAAAUAGAAUUACCAAAAAGCAGACCAAGACCAUAUGGGUUAGUGAUUCCAAUUAGUACCGAUGCAGACGGAAGCUAUAUCUCCAAUAUACUCUCUGCAAGCCAUCAAAGAAGAUCAACACGGGAGGUAUCCCAGAGCCCCAAACAGCUGUAUUUUAAUGUCACCGCGUUUGGAAGGGAAUUCCAUCUCCGACUGAAACCCAACACUCGUUUAGUGGCUCCUGAGGCAGUAGUGGAGUGGUACGAAGACUCUGUGGAAACUGGAAGUGAAAAUGGUGCUGGUAACUCAAGUCAGACUAGAAUUGCUACAGAGAGGUUGUGGAAAAGAGAGCCCCUGUGGACCAACUGUGCUUACGUGGGAGACAUAACUGACAUCCCUGGAGCUUCUGUUGCAAUUAGCAAUUGUGAUGGUCUGGCUGGUAUGAUAAGAACUGAUGAGGAUGAAUACUUCAUUGAGCCUUUGGAAAGAGGAAAACAAAUGGAAGAGGAAAAGGGAAGAAUCCAUAUGGUGUACAGGCGAUCAGCUGUAGUGCAACAUGUCACUGAUACUCUACCUGAUGUCCACACUGAAGAAUCUCUUCUUGGGGACCUUGGAGACCUGAGUUCCCUGUACAGCAGUGUAGAACAGCAACUGAAUGAAACCCUGAGGCGACGCAGGCACGCAGGAGAUGACGACUACAACAUUGAGGUGCUGCUAGGUGUGGACGACUCUGUCGUCCGGUUCCAUGGCAAAGAACAUGUUCAAAACUACCUCCUCACCCUCAUGAACAUAGUCAAUGAAAUUUACCAUGAUGAAUCCUUGGGUGUUCACAUAAAUGUUGUGCUGGUCCGAAUGAUCAUGCUGGGGUAUGCAAAGUCCAUUAGCUUGAUUGAAAGGGGGAAUCCCUCAAGAAGCCUGGAGAAUGUUUGCCGCUGGGCGUACCAGCAGCAGAAGUCAGACCCCAAUCACUCUGAGCACCAUGAUCAUGCCAUCUUCCUGACUAGGCAAGAUUUUGGGCCUGCUGGUAUGCAAGGAUAUGCUCCUGUUACUGGCAUGUGUCACCCGGUCCGAAGCUGUACUCUCAACCAUGAGGAUGGGUUUUCAUCAGCUUUUGUUGUUGCUCAUGAAACUGGUCACGUGCUGGGAAUGGAGCAUGAUGGGCAAGGGAACAGAUGUGGGGAUGAGACAGCAAUGGGGAGUGUUAUGGCUCCCUUGGUGCAGGCUGCCUUUCAUCGUUACCACUGGUCCAGAUGCAGUGGCCAAGAACUCAAAAGAUAUAUACACUCUUACGACUGUCUUCUUGACGACCCUUUUGAACAUGAUUGGCCCAAGCUCCCUGAACUGCCAGGCAUCAAUUAUUCCAUGGAUGAACAGUGCCGCUUUGAUUUUGGUGUUGGCUAUAAAAUGUGCACAGCGUUCCGAACCUUUGAUCCGUGCAAGCAGUUGUGGUGUAGCCAUCCAGAUAACCCAUAUUUCUGUAAGACUAAGAAAGGACCUCCACUCGAUGGGACAGAAUGUGCCCCUGGAAAAUGGUGCUACAAAGGUCACUGCAUGUGGAAGAAUGCUAACCAGCUGAAGCAGGAUGGCAACUGGGGACCCUGGACAAAAUUUGGCUCCUGCUCACGAACCUGUGGAACUGGAGUUCGCUUCCGAACGCGCCAGUGCAACAAUCCAAUGCCAAUUAAUGGAGGUGAAGAUUGUGUUGGUGUCAAUUUUGAGUUUCAACUCUGUAAUACGGAAGAGUGUCCGAAGCACUUUGAGGACUUCAGAGCGCAGCAGUGUCAGCAACGCAAUUCCCACUUUGAGUAUCAGAACAGCAAACACCACUGGCUGCCAUAUGAACACCCUGACUCUAAUAAGAGAUGCCACCUGUACUGCCAGUCCAAAGAAACGGGAGAUGUUGCUUAUAUGAAACAAUUGGCACAUGAUGGGACUCGCUGUUCAUAUAAAGAUCCCUACAGCAUUUGUGUUCGUGGAGAAUGUGUGAAAGUGGGUUGUGACAAGGAAAUUGGUUCUAAUAAGGCUGAAGAUAAGUGUGGCGUCUGUGGUGGAGAUAACUCCCAUUGUCGAACAGUGAAAGGAACCUUUACCCGCACUCCCAAAAAGCUUGGGUACCUUAAGAUGUUUGACAUCCCUCCUGGUGCUCGACAUGUGUUUAUCCAAGAAGACGAGGCUUCUCCUCAUUUUCUUGCAAUUAAGAACCAGGCUACAGGACACUAUAUUCUGAAUGGAAAAGGGGAGGAGGCCAGAUCCCGAUCUUUCAUCGACCUCGGUGUGGAAUGGGAAUACAAUAUAGAAGACGACAUAGAAACUCUGCACACUGAUGGGCCUUUGCAUGAUGCAGUGGUUGUCCUGAUCAUUCCUCGGGAGAAUGACACAAGAUCUAGCCUGACUUACAAAUACAUCAUUCACGAGGAUUCAGUACCAACUAUCAACAGCAACAACGUCCUACAGGAGGAAAUAGAUACUUUUGAGUGGGCGUUGAAAAGUUGGUCACAGUGCUCCAAACCCUGUGGUGGAGGAUUCCAGUAUACCAAAUAUGGGUGCCGCAGGAAAAGUGAUAACAAAAUGGUUCAUCGCAGCUUCUGUGAAGCCAGCAAAAAGCCAAAGCCCAUUCGUAGAAUGUGCAAUCUUCAGGAAUGCACACGGCCUCUGUGGGCAGCAGAUGAGUGGGAAUACUGCACAAAAACCUGUGGGAAUUCAGGCUACCAGAUCCGCACUGUGCGUUGCAUUCAGCCCCUUCAUGAUGGUGCAAACCGCUCUGUCCAUUUCAAGUACUGUAGUGGAGAUCGCCCUGAGAGUCGCAGGCCAUGCAACCGAGUACCGUGCCCUGCACAGUGGAAAGCUGGGCCCUGGUCUGAGUGUUCUGUGACCUGUGGGGAGGGAACCGAGACCCGGCAGAUCAUAUGCCGUGCUGGUGACCAUUGCGAUGGAGAAAAGCCAGAAUCAGUGAGGGUUUGUAAACUCCCUCCCUGUAAUGUUACCAUGAAGCAAGUAACAAAUUGUGAGAAGGAGAAUUUUUACCGUGAUCAUCAGCAGAAGGAUACAAGCACUUCCAUACUGAAUAGGAAAUUGCUGACUAGGUUGUGCAGAGUUAACCUAAAAAAUAAAAAAAAGGGAUUAUAUGAGCCCUGUAUGGGAGACAAAUCUAUCUUCUGUCAGAUGGAAGUGCUUGCACGUUACUGUUCCAUCCCUGGCUACAACAAGCUGUGCUGUGAGUCCUGCAGCAAGCACAGCAGCACUCUCCCACCACCAUUCCUUACCGAAGCUGCUGAAACUGAGGAGGAAGUGAUGUUUGAUCAAAGUGAUUUGCCUAGAGCUUUGGUGAUGCCAACGCCUUUAGUCCCCCAUUAUGCAGAGUUCCUGCCAGGGAGAAGGGGCCUGGGUAGGCUUCACUUUGCAGAAGAGGAUACAGAUACACAUGUCUCCCAGUCAAACACAAAGCCUAAGGGUGCUGAGUUUCCACAAUGGAGAGUUCCUCUAGCAAGCAAGACUUCCAAGCUAUUUGCUUUGUUCCACCAGCCACCUGCCAACAGUAGCAGUCUUGGUCCUCCAAAUGACCUUGCUUUGGUUGCAGCUGUUCCUGUGGUGUCAGCUAAUAACACCGCAGUGGGUGCUCCUUCUCCAUCAAGAACCUCACAGAAGAGUGAGAGGCAAAUUGACAGGAGAUGGCCUUCGAGGUCCUCCACUGUGGAAAGAUGAAUGUGAAUGCCACAUGGAGAAUAGUUGCAGAAAGAAACUUUGGUUCGCUUUGUGUUUCCUUUCUUUACUUCUGGACACUAUGGUGCAUGCUGCUUUCUACAAGCAGGACGCUGCAGAUCAUCAACUAAUUCUCCUUGUAAAUACAAAGAACAAGAAGUGCUGGUUCACUUUCUAGUUGCUCCCGUCCUCCUUCCAUACUGUGUCAUCUGCUUAGCUUGAAUGCGUUGGAGGAAAGCACCAAAGAAUAUUCCUAACAGUGCACGAAAGUUGUCGAGGGCAUUGGUCAAGCUCUAGUACAGGGCAAGUGGCCAUGUCCUCAGUAGUCACCUCACUAUUCUUGUUUUUAAACACUCACAUGUAGAAAAUACCCCACUACAAGAAGUCCCAAACGUUUACAUGAUACAAAAUACUUUUGCAGUGGAACAACUGAAUUAAUAAGACUUGUUUUGCUAAUUUAUCUAUAUAAAUGGAUAUUGUAUGAGCACAUUUGCAGCUGUUGUGUAAAUACUGUAUAUUGCAGAAAAUCAGUAUUAUUUUCAAGAGUUUUGUGCUGUCAGACAACUGUUUACUUAUGUUACAUUCUGGACAAUUGUUAGGUGCCUGCCAUUGAGUACUGCCUUAUUUACAUUCCACAAGUUGAUUUUUUAAGCAGCAUUGUCAUAAAAGGAUAAGUUCCAUUUUCAUACGAAUUACAUCUACUGAUUCUAGGAAAGAGUUUGUUGUUUGAUUGUUUUUUAAUAUCAACAAUGUGAUGCUUUAUUUUUAAGUAGAGGGGGAAAAAAAGAAGUAUAAUUCUAAAAGUAUGAGUCUGCUUAUUGCCACCUGCCCAUUAAAAGUUGGUUUAGACGUUUUAGUGUAAUUCCAGUCACAGGUUAGAAAAAUGCUUUUGUGUGCCUGUGAAAUGAACACUGACACUUGCAGCCUACACUGAGCAAAACACUGCUUUGGUUAGGAGUUGCAGUGCUGUCCCUUAAGUCUCCUCUUGCCUAAGAGGUCAGACCAGUGUAGGAAACCAUGUAUAUACUGUAAGUACUGUAAUAUUCACAAGUCAAAAAGUUGUGUUUUCCAGAUGAUCCAGCUGUUUUUUAUGAAGCUAAAAAAGCAUCAUAGUGAUAGCACUAAGAAGAAAUAGCUGUGGCAAGACUUAAAAGAUUUUUUUCCUAUUGGAAGCAUUGGUUUAAAGGUGAGAGAGAUAUUUAUUUUUCAGCAUGGUUCACCUCAAAAUCUCCACAAGCACAAUGCAUCUGACUGCAAUAACGAACUAGUAAUUUAUGUCAAUAACCAUCUUGUUCACAGUCCACCCAAUCACACUCUCUCCUGUGUGUUGCUGUAAAGUACUUGUAUAUAGGAUUGAGAACUAAAGAUAUUUAUUAAAAGUUGAAUUCUUGAUAGUAUUUUAUGUACUAAAUAUUUACACUAAGGGCAGUUGACUAUCCUUUUUGCCAAGAUAAAAUAGAUGUAACUAGAUACUUGUACAUGCUAUGUUAUAUGGAUAGAACAGAAAUUUAAGCUAACUAAACUACUGUAGAGAAAUUGUUGAUCUUAUUCUUAAAAAUAAAAAAAAAGUCUGACAAUUUUUUUUUUAUUACAAGCAUCUUUAAUUUCAAAGUGAGAUAUUAAAUAUUCAUGUGCAAUUUUUGUUUCCCCAUAAGAAGUCCUCAUGAUUGCCCUAUCUGAAAGAACAGCGGAUGUGUGCCUCUAACCUACCAUAAAACAGUAGCAUUCCAAAUUAGGACUCCAAAAGUUAAAUUCUGGAAAGAAACUUCUGAGGUGAUGAUGCGUAAUCACUGGAUGACUAGGAUAAGGUAAGGAUGUAAACUGUUGUCAGAAGACUUUUAUUGUAAAUGAAAUUUAAGAAGAUGAGUCCUGUUCAAGGGAGUAUGGGGUCACUGCGCAUCUUACAUUGUGAUGUGCAUUAUCUAACCCACUGUAGUACUGACUCACCACCUCUAAAGAAUUGCUGCUACCUUUCUGCAAGACUUUUGAAGGUCAAAGAAAUUAGUAUUAAAUAUAUUGUACAGACAAUCCCUGAGCCUCAAACAAACAAAUAGGGUGUGUUUUAUUACUUGGAAAUUUCCAAAAAGUCAAAUUCUCUGUCUUUAUCUUCUACAUAUAUACAAUGUGGGUGUAGAUAAUCAUUGUACCUUUUUGCUUUCUUUUCUACCAAGCUACUUUCUCUUUCAUUAAAGUGUACACUACUGAUCCUGUUUGUUGUACUGGGGAGCAUGUAGCAAUAAAAUCUUUAAGAUAAUAAGGCUUUUUUUUUUCUGUUUUGAUCCUUGAUUUUGUUAUUUUACCCUUUACAAAAUGAAGGAAUACGUACAUCCCCAAACUUCACUCUCUAGAAGAAAGCUCUUUUCCCUUCAUAUGUUGUAUCUUCAAAACCCAUUACAAAAUUUUUGUAAUUUAGAACUAACAAAACCGAAUAUGCAGAACAAAAUUUUCUUUACAUGGUGUUCUUAUUUAACAUGUACUUCACAGAGUUAACAUCAGUGCAGGUGGCUCAAGGGACUUCAGAGCCCUCUGUGGAGGCUUAUGCUUCUUUCUGAGGAAAAACAAUUGCCUUCACCAUGUCUUUCUCUGGAAAACAGGUUUAAAACACUUUCAGGUUCCUGUGACUUGUGGAAGAGGUACUAAUAAAAAUCACUGACAAUAGGAUAUAAAAGCUGUUUAAAACUGAAAAGUGGUUUCUGAGUCAAAGCAAAUGCAUUUUGAAAGUUCCUGAGUGGUUUGCUUAAUCCCCUACGCCCCUCAGAGUAGAUUAAACACAUUCAGAUGUUUCCAGAGUCCUGAUGCACUUAGGAAGUGGAAUGAAUCAUUAGUGAAGAGGGGCUAAAAGCAAUGUAAUUAAAACUCCCUUGUCAGAUACACAUACGCAACUCGCUGAGACUACUGCAGUCAUAUGCACGUGUAACACUUUCUCAGAUUUGAAAUAUUUGAAACAGCAUAUUUACAGAAACCUCAGCCUUUGCUUUUAAGAUGUCGCAUGCUGCAGAAAGAACUUGUACAGCCAUGUCUGUCUUUUGAGCAUUUCCUGUGACUUUCCAACACUUGGGAAGUUCCUCCUGAACAAAAGUCUAACAUUGUUUGUCUGUAACAAAAAUGCUUCUCCAGGACAUGCAUGCAUAGGUAGAAUAGAGAGGUGCAACGAUGCACUCUGAAGGUGGAUAGCAAGGACCAAGCACAGUUGAGUAUAUGACAUUGUGAAGGAAGAUACACCAGCCCUUUCCUAGAAACAGGUGUUCAUAGUUAGUGUGAAAUAUAAUAUGGCAUUGAUAAAGCUGGAAUAUAGAAGGAAAAAAGGUGAAAGAGAAAAGAUUUGCUGCUGGAUGAUUUUUCCUUUGAAUCAAUUCUAGGAACUCCGGAGUGCUCCUGUCACAGAGUACCAUAUCUGAACUCCAUCUUGAAAGGAGUACAGCAAGCUGACUUGCUAAAAUAAUGCAUAAGAGAACAAUACUGGCGAUUGAGUAGUUGGUUCCCAGGAGUUUAGAGAGGACUUCUGCAGAGUGCUAUUGGUCAGGGCAUGAUAGGAUACCACCUCUGCCACUUCCACUGCUCUUCUCUCUCUCCCUCCAAGAUGUAACAUGACAGUGUUCUGCCACAAAACAAACAUGCCAUACAUUGACUUCCAUUUGCCACACAAAGACUUCAAGAGAAGAGAGCUGUCAUGGAUAAGUAUGCGUGCACUUUUCAGAAAGGAGGAAAUAGAAAUGGACUUUAAAUUCAACUUUUUCAAGUUCUUUUUUAUUACAUAGUCUUAACUAGUGGAAGAAAAUGGAAGUACCGAGGUAUAGCAUGACUCAUUUUAAUCAAAAUUAAAGUUUCAAAAAGAGGCUGUGAUUCCUAUUUCCCAGGCUGCUGGAUUACACUGCUGCUGCUGCAGACUGAUUUAAUCUGUCAUUUUAAGGUGUUUAUUAUCCUCUGCUAGUAUAUGAAGCAUCAAUGCCUUUGCACUGCAUUGUUCUCUGGAAGCAGAUUAUAGUGUCCUGAUAGACAGUUAGAUCUCACCUGCUGAUGUGAUAGUGUACUUGUUUUUUUUUAUGCAUGGAAGAAAUGGUGCAUGCAGGUGAAAGUAAUUAAAAAAUCAGCAUGUAAUUAGAGCAGCCUGUGAUACUGGUAGGAGGUUCCCUUUCUAACUCAACAAUAAAAUACAAUCACUCUGCAUUAUGUGCAUAUUUCCUUACAAAUGUUUAGUUGCCGUACAAAUAAUGAGAUAUUGCUUGUAGACAACUUGCUAUUUCUAAAUCCAUAAUUUACUUUUAUAAAACACACUUUAAAGCACCUGAACUAAAAAUAUUAGUAGUGAUGUGAAGUUACCGAGUUAAGGGAUCUGUUUCUUUCUCUGAAUAAAUGGUUUAAAGAAGAAUUGCUAUUAUCCUUGCUGAGUAUAGGUGUGUAAUGGUCUUUUUUGGGACCUUACUGUACAAAGUCCACCUGAAAGAGUUGUCAGUGCUUGUGAACAUUCACUACAACUCAAUAACACAGCCCAUGCCUGCCAUGACUUUGCCACUAACGAUGCAGAUAAUUCAUCUGUGAAGAAAAUAUACUUUGUGUGUGUUCAUCUGGGGGGG